CAACGCUUUACUGACUCCAUUCAAGAACAAUUCGCACAGGCCGACAAGGGAAAAAAAAAAAAGGAAAAAGAAAAGGCAAUUCAAUUUUUUAAAAUAAAUGAAUUCUUUCUGAUUCUCACGUCGUGUUAUCUUUACCAUUCCUUCAAUCCAACUCCACUAAAUUGAAUAUUUCCCUCCAAACCAAACCCUCAUUUCCAGCCGAGAGUUUGUCUGUUUCUUUAAUACUUUGCCAAAUCUCAACUCAAGAUUUCUUUAUUUUAAGAAAACAUAAAGAACCCAUAUAUUUUCUUGAAUAAAAAAAAAUCUUGGAACAGAUAAUAUUGAAAAUAUCCCAUUUAUUGAUUCGUUCAACACUUGGAAGGAUGACAGAGGUGCUCCACUCAUCUUCCUCUUCUUCUCCCUCAAUAUCCACACCUACCCACAAUGCCAGAUUGUUUCAUCAGACUCAGUCGUAUGCGGAUGACGAGGGGGUUUCUGAUGUGACGGCCGGUGACAUAGAAGAGGAGGAGGAAAUUAGUGUGAAGGAGAAGAGGGAGAAGGACAGGAGGUAUCAACUGUCUCUUUUGGCACUUUUGGUGACUCUCUUUCGAAAGAGUUUUUGGUUGGCUUGCAAGACAGAUAGAGAAGAGUUUUCUGGUGCCGGCAGCGCCAAUUGUGGUCGAGGUGUUAUGGAGAUUGGAUGGCCCACUGAUGUGCAGCAUGUUAAUCAUGUUACCUUUGAUCGAUUUGAUGGGUUCUUGGGCUUGCCUGUGGAGUUUGAGCCUGAAGUACCCAGGAGGGCCCCCAGUGCAAGUGCCACUGUUUUUGGAGUUUCUACAGAAUCGAUGCAGCUAUCAUAUGAUCCUAGAGGCAAUAGUGUUCCAACCAUUCUUCUGUUGUUGCAAAGACGUUUGUAUGCUCAAGGAGGCCUGCAGGCAGAAGGGAUCUUCAGAAUCACUGCAGGAAAUAGUCAGGAAGAGUAUGUGAGGGACCAAUUAAACAGUGGAGUGGUUUCAGAAGGCAUUGAUGUGCACUGUUUAGCAGGCCUGAUCAAGGCUUGGUUCAGAGAACUACCUAGAGGGGUGCUGGAUUCUCUUUCGCCUGAGGAGGUGAUGCAGUGCCAGUCAGAAGAGGAUUGUGAUGCACUUGUAAGGAUUCUACCCUCUACAGAGGCUGCUCUGUUGGAUUGGGCCAUCAACCUAAUGGUCGAUGUUGUCCAACAGGAACAUCUGAACAAGAUGAAUGCACGCAACAUUGCAAUGGUGUUUGCACCGAACAUGACACAGAUGGCAGAUCCAUUGACUGCAUUGAUGUAUGCAGUACAAGUUAUGAACUUCCUUAAAACUCUUAUCGAGAAGACAUUAAGAGAAAGAGAAGAUUCCCUUGUAGAAACAGCUCCUAUCUCCCACAUGGAACCUUCUGAUGAUAACGGGCAUCAGGAUUCUUCGCAACUUUAUCUGGAUGAUCCUGUUGAAUCAAAUGAAGAUAGAGAAGAGACCUUCAUUGCAGAGGAUCCUAAUUCAGACGUUUCUUCUGAUUUAAACCAAGUUGAUAACCUCACCAAUGAGGAAUAUCUCAAUUAUUCAACAUAUACAGCAGAAUCUGAUGCAAGUGUAUCUCCUGCCCAAGUUUAUGAUUUCAGCAAUGGAGGAGAAGCCAAAGUAAUGAAUGCUCUUCAGACUCUGCUUGAAGAGAACUGUGAGAGGACAAACACAGGGCAAUCAAGUGCUUCUAAUCCCACAAAAACUGAAGGAAAAGUUAACAGGCAACAAGUUGUGGGCAUGGCUAUGGAAUCUGAUAACAAGAUCAAAGGAAUUAGCAAUUUGAGCCGUAUAAAUUCAAUAACUGAACGAAUUUAAGCUUGGAGAUAAAGAUCGGUCUGUGGCCAUUCCAUCAACUAUUAUCUGACGUAACUCUGUAUUCUGUUUGAUUCUGAAUUUAUGCAAAUUGUUCACCGAAUGUGUUCUUACUUCUAACUGUUGCUGGCUGGUUUUU